AUUUGGAAUUAGAUGGGUUAAUAGGUAUAUUGUCUAUAAUAAAACAAUAUGAAAGAGUAAGAAUAAGUGAUGAAGUUUUCAGAUCUACUAUUUCUAAAUGGCAUGAAAAUUUUGCAAGAAUUCUUACAAAGUUUGUUACAAAUAGAGAU